UUAAAGUCCUCUCCAAACUGAGCUAUUCUAUGGUUACUUUUCUUACAGGUCCCCAGGUCCAGCCACAAUAAAUGUCCAACAGCAGCUCCAUCAGCCACUUCCUCCUGCUGCCAUUGGCAGACAUGCGGCAGCUGCAGCUCCUGCACUUCUGCCUCUUCCUGGGCAUCUCCCUGGCUGCCCUCCUGGGCAACGGCCUCAUCAUCAGCGCCGUAGCCUGCGGCCACCACCUGCACACCCCCAUGUUCUUCUUCCUGCUCAACCUGGCCCUCACUGACCUGGGCUGCAUCUGCACCACUGUGCCCAAAGCCAUGCACAAUUCCCUCUGGGACACCAGGAACAUCUCCUACUCAGGAUGUGCUGCACAGGUGUUCUUUCUGUUCUUCAUAUCAGCAGAGUAUUUCCUCCUGACCAUCAUGUGCUACGACCGCUACGUGUCCAUCUGCAAACCCCUGCACUACGGGACCCUUCUGGGCAGCAGAGCUUGUGCCCACAUGGCAGCAGCUGCCUGGGCCAGUGCCUUUCUCUAUUCACUGCUGCACACAGCCAAUACAUUUUCCCUGCCUCUGUGCCGUGGCAAUGCCCUGGGCCAGUUCUUCUGUGAAAUCCCUCAUAUCCUCAAGCUCUCCUGCUCCAAAUCCUUUUUCAGGGAACUUGGGCUUCUCUCUGUUAGUGCCUGUUUUUUAUUUGGAUGUUUUGUGUUCAUUGUUUCCUCCUAUGUGCAGAUCUUCAGGGCUGUGCUGAGGAUCCCCUCUGAGCAGGGACAGCACAAAGCCUUUUCCACCUGCCUCCCUCACCUGGCUGUGGUCUCAUUGUUUGUCAGCACUGGUAUAUUUACCUACCUGAAGUCCCCCUCCAUCUCCUUGCCAUCCCUGGAUCUGGCACUUUCAGUUCUGUACUCAGUGGUGCCUCCAGCACUGAAUCCAGUCAUUUACAGCCUGAGGAACCAGGAGCUCAAGGAUGGCCUGAGGAAAAUGGUAUUGAAUGCUUUUCAGCAGCAAUAA